AUGAUGAGCCUUCAGGUAGUUGGCCAAGAUCUCACAACCGUCGAAAUGGCACAGGAGCGCUGCCAUGCCCACAACAUACCGUUCGUACGGAUAAGUCCCAAGGGCAUUAAUGUGCGUAUCGAUCAAAUUGACGACGGUAAAUUAAUGGACAUGAUCUGGACCACGCAAUUAUGGCUGGUGGACAAUCUACGUGAAGUUGACAGACUCGGCGAAUUACUUUUCAAGUUGCUUUCUGAUCCGGACGAUGGAAAGCGACGGAGCAACACAGUGCUGUAG